AUGAUUGAACUCGAAGUCGAUACAAUUGGUGAUCGUCGACUUACACCUUUGCAUGUGGCCUGUGAGAAUGGAUAUCUUAACAUAGUUGAAUAUCUUCUCGAUAAGCGUGCAUCAACUACAUUACGAAAUGCUCGAUGUUACAAUUGUUUAGAAAUAGCCAUUACUAAUAAACAAGCAGAUAUUGUUAAAAAGUUUUUCGAUCACCCAACAUGGCGGGAAAUGAUGCGAAACGCUCAGCCAAUUGAUAAUACUGAAGCUUAUGAUACCCCUAUGCGAAAACUAAUCCGAUAUUUACCUGAUGUGGCUAUUUGGGUCAUUGAGAAUAAACUUACAGGUGUAAUUGGUGGACCUGGACAAAAAAUACACAAAACCGUCUAUGAUUACGAAUUCUAUGAAGAUAUGUGCGUUGAAUAUUUCAAAGUUGGUGGUUUUACCCAACAGAUUGUGUCUCUAUGUACAUAUGUACCGACACAACAGAAUGAAAAAGGUUGA